AUGCAUCUGUCAAUGCGCUUCGGGGCCUUCUUGGUCUUGAACCUGUCUCUUCUUCCAAGUGUGAUAGCAUCUUCAACUUGCAGUCAAUUAUCCGGCAGUGUUUACACUGGCCCCAACGACAACAAAUUCGAUAUUCUAUGCGAUACUUCUACAGUCAACGGGAAUAUCUUUGCCUAUUAUUCAAACGGAGAUGAGUUUUCAGAUUGCGUGGAUCGAUGCGAUGCUGUGAGCAUUUGUGUUGUUGCAUUGUAUCUAGCUGGAAGCGGUGACUGUGCUUUGAUCAACAGCUAUCAGGGAACUAGCGCGUUCAAUAGGAACGAUGUGGGUAUUAAGAGAGCACCUGAGACUACAACAUCAGAAGCUGCUACUACGUCUGAAGCUGCCACUACAUCUGAAGCUGCGACUACGUCUGAAGCUGUGACUACAUCAGAGGCUGCUACUACGGAGACCACUUCGACAGAAGCUAGUUCUUCAGAAACCACAUCGUCGCAGGUUACCAGUGCAGAGACAACUACAUCUGAGGCAACAUCAGAGACCUCGACCUCUGCAGAGUCUCAGAUUACUACAGUUACUACUGCUUCGCUUUCCACCAGUACCAGCAUCGAAACAUCAACCGAUGACUGCGACGAUGAGACCUCAUCAGAAACCUUGAUCUCUGCACAGUCCACCACAGCUACUACUGUUGCUACAGGCUCACUAUCCACCAUUACCGCCAGUGUUGAAACAUCAACCGAUGACUGCGACGAUGAGACCUCAUCAGAAACCUUGAUCUCUGCACAGUCCACCACAGCUACUACUGUUGCUACAGGCUCACUAUCCACCAUUACCGCCAGUGUUGAAACAUCAACCGAUGACUGCGACGAUGAGACCUCAUCAGAAACCUUGAUCUCUGCACAGUCCACCACAGCUACUACUGUUGCUACAGGCUCACUAUCCACCAUUACCGCCAGUGUUGAAACAUCAACCGAUGACUGCGACGAUGAGACCUCAUCAGAAACCUUGAUCUCUGCACAGUCCACCACAGCUACUACUGUUGCUACAGGCUCACUAUCCACCAUUACCGCCAGUGUUGAAACAUCAACCGAUGACUGCGACGAUGAGACCUCAUCAGAAACCUUGAUCUCUGCACAGUCCACCACAGCUACUACUGUUGCUACAGGCUCACUAUCCACCAUUACCGCCAGUGUUGAAACAUCAACCGAUGACUGCGACGAUGAGACCUCAUCAGAAACCUUGAUCUCUGCACAGUCCACCACAGCUACUACUGUUGCUACAGGCUCACUAUCCACCAUUACCGCCAGUGUUGAAACAUCAACCGAUGACUGCGACGAUGAGACCUCAUCAGAAACCUUGAUCUCUGCACAGUCCACCACAGCUACUACUGUUGCUACAGGCUCACUAUCCACCAUUACCGCCAGUGUUGAAACAUCAACCGAUGACUGUGAUGAGACUUCAUCCCUUGAGACAUCGGCUACUGUGACUACAUCUACAGUAACAGGAUCCCAGGUACAGCCCACGACCUCUUCCUCCGCCAGCCAGGGCUCCUCCAGUACGAGCAACCAAUCCUUAGAGGUUUCUACUUCUGCUCCCUCAGCUACUUCGACUAUUUCGACAACAUCGUCUUUAGCGACUACAAAGAGUGAGGCUUCUCUAUCAACAUCUCUGCCAAGCUCUGUUACAAGCCAAGCUGGGUCAUCUCUACCUGUGUCUUCGGGUACUACAGUGACUCAGACUUAUAUUCAAACGUAUGCAACCUACAGCCAGGGAGCCUCGUCGUCCGGUUCUUCAUCUACCAAAACCACAAAGGUUGGCUCUAAGUCGCUUUCCACCUCCGGUGCCACUAUCGUCAAGACAACAUCUGGAGGUCAUCUACCAACGCCCUACCCCACUGCUUACAACGUCUGGACUGUUUGCCUGACUGUAGUCGAGUAUGUUACUUGCUCCACUGGUGUAGUUGCCGAAACAGCUACUACUACCACAUAUGUCACUGUUGGCAGUAACGGUGGGAGCUAUGGACCUCCAGUGAUCACAACGCCUGCUGGUUGUAUCGGAGGUUAUCAGGUAGAUGCUAGCGGCCAUAGCUAUCCUGUGGCACAGCCUACGAAGGGAUCACCAGGCAACUCUCAAUCCGGCUCUCAGACCGGCCAACCCGAUAUUCCUGCUCCAGCUUCAGAGUCACAUGGAAGCUCUCAACCAGGACAGGGCGACAAGCAGCCUUCUGUUCCAGGUCAAGGCUCACCAGAGCCCAAGAACAGCAAGCCUCAAGCGACGCAAGGUGGUGCUACUCAGACAGCUGUCUCUGCAUACCAGCCUGGUGCCUCGGCAAAUUCUUCGCCGUCAUCGGCUGUUCAUCAGGGUCAGCAAGGUGUCACAACGACCUUGGCUACCGCAGCAAGUGUUACCGAAGAGAUGCAGGCACCCAAGUCCACACACAGUGGCUCAUCGGAAGCUGGAGAGGCACCAUAUACACCAGUCACUGUUUCAGGAGCCAACAAGCAUCAGUACAUGGUUUGGACAGUGGCCGCUGGAGCCCUUCUCGGAUUGGGGAUGUUGUUUUAA